CAGAGCUUGCCAGCUUCGUUACCAGAACAGAGACGCUUUUUGUCUUUUAAUGCGAAAAACAUAAUUUCUAAUUUCAUAAGGAAGUAAAAUCCAGGUGAUGAAGAAUAUGAUGAGUUCAGAGACUGUGAAUCACGUGUCUGUGAGAAGAAGUGAAUCAGCUGAUGCUGAAAACAUCAACAACCUCAUCACAAACACAACUGUGCAAGUGUUUGGACGAGUCAACGUCCUUCAGCUGCUAGAAAAAGCGAACCUGGCCGUGACGGUGGCCGAUGACAGCGACAGCGUCGUGGCUCACGCUUCCUUCCUGGAUUAUCCUCCUGCAGAUCUGGUGGAUCCGGCUCACUGCGAGCUCUUCCUGCAGAAACACUUCACAGCAGGAAACUGCUGCACGACACUGAACACUCUCUUCCUCCACCUCUUUGUGGCUCAGCCUGAGUUUGCUGCUGAGAGUUUAAAGGAGAUCAUGAGAGUUGUAUUUAACGCCGUCUCAGAGUUGGACAACGUCUGUCUCAUCAGCUCCAACAUUGGUGAUUUAGAGCCGACGCUGAAGGACACGUUUGAGCCUCUGAAGUGUUUGAGCGACACUGAACCUCAGUCCUCAGUGUUUGUCUGCCACAGAAAUCAGCUCUGUCCCAGGAUUCAUGUCCGUCCUGCCAGGUUGGAGGAUCACGAUGACGUCAUGUCUCUGUUUGACCAGCAGAGGAGGCUGUUGUCAGUCUUUGGUCGUCCAGACUCUCUGACAGAGGUCAUCGAGGUUCAGGACGAAGACAAUCUCUCGGCUGUCUGUGAGGUGAACGCAGUGAUCGUCGGCUUCAUCAGACUCACGGCUGACGUUCAUCUGAAGGAGUUACGCGACAGUUUUGAUCUUCACGACUUCAACGGUUUUUUUAAACAGCAGCGAAAGAAACCUGAAGAAGAAGCUGCUGCUUCUAGACCAUGGGAAAAACACAGAAACGUUUUCUGGAUCCAGUUCUUUGUCAUCGACAGCAAAUAUGAAACAAGAUCAGCGGACGUUCUUCCAUAUGUGUUCAAACAUUUCCCUGACUUGGAUUUGUGCGUCAUCACUGCUCCGACUCUUUGUCCAGACUUUCAGCUGAGGCAGAGUUUCCUCAGGAUGAGGCGUCGCACCGACAACUCUCUGCCCUACGAACUUUACAUUUUUCACCGUGAUGGACUAAGGCCUGUGGAGGUCAGACCGGCUGUAGCUGCAGACCGAGCCGCUGUCUCUGACCUGAUACAAGGUCUGACCUUGAGUGAGUCCCUGCUUCAGGACCUGGACUGGUUCUACCAGAGCCGCUGUGACCCGGACGGCGUGCAGCUGCAGGCCUUCGUGGCUCAGGUGGACGGUGACGUCGUCGGGGCGGUGGUCAUCGCAGACGAGCAGGACGUGGAGUACGUCCGUGCUCGCUACAACAUCGAGAACUUCGUCUACUUCAGUCACCAUCGCUACGAGGAGCACGCUCGCCUUCGCCACUUCGUCCUCCGACCGUCGUUCCAGCACUUCAGCAGACACCUGUUCAAGGAGACGCUGAGACUGUCUCAUCGCUCCUGUCUCUACCUGAGGAUCCACCCACUGCACCACAGCCACGAGAAUUCCUGCGUCCACCAUCUGGAUUUUGUCCUCAACUGUGGCGUUCCCGUCCGACCGCGACGCCAGAUCAUCUACCCGCUGGAGGAGGUUGGCAGCGUCGGGCCGUGCAGGCGGAUCACUGAGGAGCAGGAAGCGUAUGCUCUCUGCCUCCUCAGCAGAAAGUUGACCCUGGAGCCAAAGGUCAACGUUAACGCGCGUGUGGUGGUGGUGGGAGCGUCAGACACGGGUCUGUCUUUCCUCGAGGUUCUCUGUCUGUGCCCUCACCUGAGCUUCAACAACCUGACCCUCAUCUCCACACACGGUUUCCCCGGAGACCGUAACCACGACGACCGCGACGACGUCGCGUUUCUGUCCACGAGUCACGCCUACAGCGGCAGAGACCUGGCGCUGCUGCCUCUGCGAUGCCGCGUCGCCGUGGUGACGGACAAGAUGGUGGCCAUCGACAGGAAGUCCAAAUACGUGGUGGUGCGGGGAGGCGAGAAGAAGGUGCCGUACGACUUCCUGGUCAUCUGCACCGGCCUGCAGUACCAGGUGCCCCGUCCCACCGGCCGGCCGCAAACUCCGCCCCCUCGCCGCAGACAAACUGCGCCCGCUCCCUCCAACCUCCUCACCCUCAACGACCUCCACGACUGCACGGCUGCUCGACACUGGCUCAGAGCCAACUUUGUGGAGCAGGAGGGCGACGCAGUUGUGUACGGAAACAACGUGGACGUCUACACCACAGUGGAGACGUUGCUCAGCCUCGGUGUCCGCGGGUCCCGCGUCCACGUCGUCCUCCCUCCUCCUGAACCCGGCGCCGCCUGCUUCAGUGAUCCGUCGGUGGAGGAAGGCGUGGCUGCAGCUUUGGAGAAGAACCAGGUCCAGGUCCACCGUCGCUGCCUGCUGACUCAGAUGGACCGUGGAGGACACGAGGACCAUCUCACAUCGGUGUCCUUCACCACGGACGCGGGGACUCUGCGUCUGCUCUGUGGAGUUUUCAUCAACCUCUCCAGCAGAGGAGUUGACGGUGACGCCUUCAGGUCCAUCAGCGGCUCCUUCCUGGUCUUCGAUGGCCGACUCGUCAUAAACGCCGCUUUCCAGACCAGCGACCCGGCCAUCUUUGCCGCCGGACCCGUCACCAAGUUCUCGCGCCGCUACCACGCGGACGAGUGGUCCCACGCCAGCUUCAACUCCAAGGAGGUGGGCGAGCGCCUGGCAGCCGAGAUGCUGACCCUCCUCGACCCCACGCAGGAGCCACGGGACGAGGCUGCGUCUGAUCUGGAUCAGGAUCGCCUGGUGCCGCUGUACAAACGGGCCAAGAUUCAAGCGACAGUGGCGACAAUGCUGCUGUUAUUCACCGAGCGACCAAGGCUGCAGCACAGGUUACACAAACACAGACACACACACACACACACGUGAACUUUUCAGAACGAGGUCGGCGUUUGCAUCUGUGGGCCGACGCUCACAAAGCUGUUGUUUAUCAGUGCUGUGAUCCACGUUCUUCUCCUGACAAUCAUCACAUUCUGUGGAUUAUUGUGAAGCACACCUGAAACCGAGCUUCUUAAAUGGGAAUAUUUUCUACUUUCUGUCAU